AUGCCGGGCUCUGAGGAUGAGUUUAAAUGCUGCACUCAGUACUUUCUCUUCACCUGUGUGGACUUGCUGCUGUUCCUGUUUGAUAUAGGGUUGGAUAUAUGGGCUGCUGUGUCCUUCUACAAGCAGGAGGCCUACGUGUACUUCAGCCUCCUGCUGCUGUUUCUCUUGGGCUCGUCCAUGUUGGUUCAGGUGUACAGCUGGCUGUGGUAUGCAGGAAUCAUGGAGAAGUCUGUGCAAAGCUUACAUGGAAAGGACGCUGACGCUGAGAGUGUGGCCAAGUUUCUGAGACAGGAUCUCCGCACUUUGCGCUUCAUUGAGACGUUUUCAGAGAGCGCCCCACAGCUUGCUCUCAUGCUCACCAUCAUUCUGCACGAAGGUCGGCUGGAUCCUGUUACAGUGUUGAAGGCCAUCGGCUCGACUUUGUCCAUCGCCUCCUUUUUGACCACCUACGAUCACUCAACGCGCACCUUCCUGCCAGAGAAGGAAAAACACCACAUGAUCUCAUUAGUUUUCUACUUCAUCUGGAACCUGGUUCUCAUCUCUUCUCGCAUCGCUGCCCUCACUCUUUUUGCCUCCGUGCUGCCCUGCUUCAUCUUCGCCCACUUCAUCUGCACUUGGCUAGUUUUAUUCUUCUUCGCUUGGCGAUCCAAGACGGACUUCAUGGAUGACCCUCGUGGAGAAUGGCUUUACAGAUCCACUGUUGGCCUCAUUUGGUAUUUUAACUGGUUUAGUGUGGCCAAGGGGAUGAGGAUCAGGUCCGUGCUCUAUCACGCGUAUAUCCUUAUUGAUAUUUGCAUCCUCUGUGGUUUGUGGUGCUGGAAGAUGAGCACAGAUCCUCAUGAUUUUGUGACACACCCUUUAACCACGGCUGCCUGUGUUGUUGCUGUUUACAUCCUUGGUCUGUUAUUUAAAGUUAUUUAUUAUACGUUCUUCCAUCCAAACCUUGAUAAAGAUAAGCUGAAAGGGGCCACCAUCCCAGAGGAGCAACCUGAAGAUGAAGAGCGAUCUCAUUCAGUUCCUACACGAAGUGCACCUGAUGUCCGGGGAGAUAAGGAGGCGCUCAUGGUGCGACACCAGGAUGGAGAUGAGACAUGA